UUUUACAAGUUGGUGUGGAUUGUGGAAACUCACCUGUAGCCUGUAGCAUUCAGCUCUCAGCUAUUAAUUUAACAAUAUAAAUUAUCACAUCCUGACAUAAAACAAGUACAUAAUUAUAUAUUUAUUAGUUUUAUAAAUUUCAGCUUCGCCGAGUUGCAUUUACAAUUAUGACAGAUGAAGACAAUGUUUUAGUUGUCAGAAACAUUGAGGAUAAUUUCUCAAUAGAAUCUGAAGAUUUCGAUAUAGCCGCAAACGACGACAUAAUAGUCAAAACUUGGAACGAAAUGUCGAAAAUAACUCAUGAAGAUAUUGCCAAGAAAUUGGCUGAAGUCACUUCUGGAAAACAAGAUAAACAAUCUCGCAAAGACUCCGAAAAUUCUGAAGAGGGAAGUCAUGGUUUUGAUUUAGUUGAGGAAUUUGCUGUUUGGGAAAUAGGAAGCGAUUGUCGUGCUACUUAUAAACAGGAUAAAAUUGAUUAUGAAGCCACUAUUGUCGAUAUUUAUCACGACAGUACUUGUUUGAUAGAAUUUUUAGGAUAUGCUAAUCAGCAAGUUGACAAGCUAGAAAGGUUAAUGCCGUCGUGGGGUAUUGAGGAACAGAAGAAGCAGAUUAAAGAGGCUAAACUUUAUUACGAGAAAUUAGAGGAAGAUGAUGAUAUGAAGUCAGAGAAAAAGACACCGAAGAAGAACAAACAAAACAAGACUGAUAAACCUUUAGAUUCUGACCUAUUCGGGCCAGGUUUGUUACCGCCACAACCGCCCCUGCCUCCAAUGUUAGCGAAUGGAGGCCCCUUGAGCGACCCCGAACAAAAUGAUGCUUUGGCAGCAAUGCUUAUGUCUUGGUAUAUGAGCGGAUAUUAUACUGGAUUGUAUCAUGGGCAAAUGAAAGGUAGUAAUAGAUAA